AUGUUGCAAGUAACAGUCACAGUGAUUCUUUGGAGGCUCUUCAGGUUCUCUUCUGUCAUUCAGUCUGCAAUCUCAGUCCAUUUGAGGGGGAAUAUUGGUGUUACAGCAGUGGCAUUUAAUAAGGAGCUUGAUCCUGUACAGAAACUCUUCGUGGACAAGAUUAGAGAAUACAAAACUAAGCGACAGUCAUCUGGAGGGCCUGUUGAUGCUGGUCCAGAGUAUCAGCAAGACAUGGAGAGGGAGCUUUUAAAGCUUAAGCAAAUGUAUGGUAAGGUAGACAUGAAUAUGUUCCCAGAGUUCAAAUUUAAAGAUCUCAAAUUUGAAAACCUAGAAAAACCCCAGUACUAAAGAAAUGUAAAAUUUAUCUGGUCAUGUGUCCUAGAUAAGUUGUAUGACUGAUCAAAAGUAUCAGAAGAAACACACAUUUCAACAACUGUCAAA